UGGCGGGAUGGGGCCAGGCCAGGCCUGCGCAGAAAGUGGGGCGGGGCUCCACGAGCUCAGGUGCCCUGUGACCCCGGUCACAUGAGCGGCAGGGCCGGGCGGCGCGAUGGGCACCGCGCUGGACAUCAAGAUCAAGCGGGCCAACAAGGUGUAUCACUGCGGGGAAGUUCUUUCUGGAGUGGUGGUCAUAACGAGUAAGGAUACUGUCCAACACCAGGGUAUCUCCUUAACAAUGGAAGGAGUGGUAAAUCUUCAGCUCAGUGCUAAAAGCGUUGGCAUGUUUGAAGCUUUCUAUAACUCCGUUAAGCCCAUUCAAAUUAUAAACAGUACCCUAGAAAUGGUGAAGCCUGGAAAACUUCCCAGUGGGAAAACAGAAAUUCCUUUUGAGUUUCCAUUGCUUGUAAAGGGAAAUAAAGUUCUGUAUGAGACGUAUCACGGUGUAUUUGUCAAUAUUCAGUAUACUCUUCGAUGUGACAUGCGACGUUCUCUAUUGGCUAAGGACCUAACUAAGACUUGUGAAUUCAUUGUCCAUUCACAGCCUCAGAAAGGGAAGCUGAUGCCAAGCCCAGUGGACUUCACGAUUACACCUGAAACCUUACAGAAUGUUAAAGAGAGAGCCUUGCUUCCAAAAUUUCUCAUCAGAGGUCAUCUCAGCUCGACUAACUGCAUCAUUACGCAGCCAUUAAUGGGGGAACUGGUGGUGGAGAAUGCAGAAGCAGCCAUCAAAAGUAUUGAAUUGCAGUUAGUACGUGUGGAAACUUGUGGUUGUGCAGAAGGUUAUGCCAGAGAUGCCACAGAGAUUCAGAAUAUUCAAAUUGCUGAUGGUGAUGUCUGCAGAGGCCUGCCUAUUCCUAUAUACAUGGUAUUCCCCAGGCUGUUCACGUGCCCUACUCUGGAAACAACAAACUUCAAAGUUGAAUUUGAAGUUAAUAUUGUUGUCCUCCUGCAUGACGAUCAUCUCAUCACAGAGAAUUUCCCACUGAAGCUUUGCCGGAUGUAAAUUCUCCGAAGAGAUUCACUUAAGGAUUAACUGAGGCAGGAGGAAAUUCUGCAGAGAUCAAAUGGAAUCUGGUUCACAUCUUUAAACUGUGUUCUGACUGGAGGAGAAAGUGUUUCCUCGUGGCACUUCUGACAUCUGUCAGGAGGCAUCUGAUUCUCUGUAAGCCUUACCUAACCCUUUGACAGUACUAUUUGUGACUUCCUUUCUGCUCAGAUUCAUGCCCAGGUACAGCUGUUUGAAUUCAACAGCCUUACCCCUCUUCUCUUCCAGGCACCCAUAAGGGAUGGUUUUUGCACAUUCAUAGGUACAUAGUGCAGGAAGUUUCUCUGCUUAUUUCACAAUUUAGCACUUGUACUAAAUGCUUAAAUGUUUCCUUUUUAAGGAUUUUUUCCACUAAAGUCUCUGCUUGUAUAUUGAUUCUGGGUAGAGAGAGACACACGCUUGGAGUUUUCUAAACAUUCCAUCAUCUGGAUGUGGGCAAAACGAAUGUUCAUAAAAUGUUUUGAGACCUAAUAAAUAGUGCUACAGAACUGCAAGAUGGUGUUACAGGAUGAGUAUUUCACAAGGAGUACAAAUCAUGACACGAUCAAGUGCGGUUGAGUGGGAUUAGGAAGUGAGUGUUAGUCUGGAAACUGCCUCAAAACUAAAGGGCUCUACCGCUACAGCUGUUUCACUCUAAUUAGCUGGGUCACUUCUUUAUGUAAGCUCCACUGCACAAAGAGAACCAUGCUAUCAAAGAAAGUUCUGGUACAGUUUUGGAGUAGAACUCUUGCCCUUGAUUACCUAUUUCAUGUUUUAUUUCCUGCCCCGAUCCACCUGACUGCUUUUUCUACAUUGUAGUUUUGGUGCAGAAUUAUGACCUGUAAUCUGCUGUCAUGUGAACAACCACAUCAAAUGAAAGCUGGUGCUAUGCUUGGCUGCUACAAUCAAAAGUAAUUCCUUCCUGUGAUUGGUUUUAUUGCAAAGCAGAGAGAAUACUGUGUGAACGACUGAACGCACGUGCUUACACUUCAGCAGCUGACAUAGCUCCCUUUUGGGUGCAAUAUGGCACAUUAUGGGUACUUCGAACUCUUUAGGGGCAGAGUUUCCAGGUGCCCCCCGUUUUUUCAUUGGAAGAUUUAAUGGCAAAGUUUUACUGAAAAUGUCAAGACAACAUUGUGUGGGGGCAGGGAUAAGUGACUAGGAAAAUUGCCUGCAUAUAUAUAAAUGGUGGGGGGAAGGGUUUGAUGUGGGAGUUUAACUAUUUUGAUGGUGUUAAAAAGAAUGAAAAGCAGCAACACAUUCUUUUUGUGAAUUCAAAUAAAGCUCCCAGGGGAGCAGGCUGUAUUGCACACAACAAGAAAAUUGGGUAUCUAGUUGUUUCCUUCUUGAAGUAAAGAUAUUUAACAAAAACAUCUAGUUUUACCCAUCCCUUCAAACAAAAGGAAAACGCCAAAAGAUGGGAAAUUCUCGCAUGUGACAAAGUAAGCUGCUGCUUGAGAGAGCUUAUUCAUCUACCCUAUUGUUUGCUUGUCUUCAAGACUAACAUGGCUUACUGCUUCUAAUCGCAAAACUGUCAUUAACUCCUGUAUUUUAGGAAUAAACAUCUGAAAUUGUAAAUACCUAAUGUAACGCUUUCAGAGUGGAAUUGUGCUGAUGCUGUAAAAAAUUGUAUCAACCUCCCUUUAGUAAUCCAGAGAACACAUUUGUGUGUGCUUAGGCUAUAGAACAGGCUCAUCCUACGGUGCCGUCUACUGCCGAAAGCCAACAUUACCAUGUGAAUUCACUGGUUAAUGAAAAUCUAAAAAAAUGGCUGUGAAUCCUGCCGCCUCAUUUAGGAAUACUGGUACUGUGUCCUUCUGCUGGCUACAGUAUAAAUAGCUGAUCUGCUGCUGACAGUAUGCUACUACACCAGUCUGGAUUGUUCCUUUGUACUGCUUUUGAUCCCUCUGGGAGGCUAAGACACAAACUACAAAGAUCACCAUACUUGCGUCAGGAGACUCAUGCAGGAAAAACAGAAGUAUACCAAAAAUUGUACCUGAUUGCUCCAACGAAAGCACCUUUUCAGGUUAACAGUAUAUCAAUCUUCUAUUAGUAUUCAUCAGUUUUCUAAUCCCUAGGUAAUAUGAGUGGUCUUCUCCCCCUGCCCCCCACCCCGCUUUUUUUUUUUUUAAUCCCAGGACCUUUGCUGAAAAGUAGAAAAAGGCUAUUCCUCCAAAAACUCCCCUGUGUUUUAGCAGGAGUUGGAGAAGCACGAUUAUACAUAAAACGUUCUGUACAUUGUCCUUAGCGUAUGAGCCUUAAACCUGUUCAGACAUUGGUUGGUGUUAGUGCUAGUUUGAGUUUGGAGUAGUUACACCCUAAGGCUAAAAACCUUCUCUGUCCUCCACUUGCACAGCUGUGACUUGCCACUAGAGGGUUAGUGAACAGAGGCCUAACUAGAAGCCGCAGCUGUGAGUUGCCACUACAGGCCUGGUGAAAACAGGACAGGCUUCUAUCCCUGUUCUUAGAUGGCGAGUUAAUCGGAUGGGGGUGGGUCAUGAAAUGAGUGGUGGAAAGGAAGUGGGGUGGGGGAAAGAUGGACCCAGUUUCUCAAACUCAGAGGCUCAGCUCAAACUCAGACCUGCUGGAGUUUGACAAAGUUCCUUCUACCUAGCAGCAUUGUGCUAAAAAGUGCAUAGGUUCAGUGCACUGACCCCUAAACUCCAAGAAGGUGACUGACCCCCCAGAGAGAGAAAGCCACAGCCCCACAUUAGAUGCUUGUCAGAGCUGAUUUGGAUCAGUGCCUUGACACAGUGGAACUUUCCAGCACAAGGCACGGUAAGGCAGGGGAAUUCUCGGCAUGGUG